AUGCCGCCGCCCGAUUCGACUUACGUUCCGUUCCAAGGCCGCGACUACGCCCGCGAGUAUGAGCGCACUUAUGAGCAGGAGUACCAAGACGAUUACCCCUACGAGUACCAGUCCGGACGCGAAUCGCCGACCAGGACAUACAGCCCGUCCCGCCUUUCCUCAGACUUCACCAGGCCACCGCCGUCUGGAGUAUACGAACCAUCGGACCUCAACGGUAGCCCAAGACCAGGAACUCCGUCAUCCAGAUACGGUGGAAGUCCCAGACGACCGCUUCCUCCUGCGCCGUUAUUCUCAACCGGCGUGAACCGCAACUCGGCUGCUUUUGCAGACGAUGCGACAGUCUCGAUUCCUCUUCAUGAUACCGACGACGUCUUUGGACCAGAGACGGACAUCAGUGAGACUCAGCCCAUGAGAGAGUCUUACUUGUCGCAAGACCAAGUGACCCUUAGCGAAGGCGAGACAGACACCGACAUUAACGAGAAGGUUGAGCACUAUGGCCCGGCGCCGGAUGGCAUGCAGGAACGCCGAGGCGUGCGUGCGCCCCAAAUGUCGAGAAAGGAGGUCCAGCUUAUCAACGGAGAACUGGUUCUGGAGUGCAAGAUCCCCACGAUUCUCUACAGUUUCCUGCCUCGUCGUGACGAGGUUGAAUUCACCCACAUGAGAUACACAGCCGUCACCUGCGACCCCGACGACUUUGUUGAACGCGGCUACAAGCUCCGCCAGUCCAUCGGCAAGACCGCCCGCGAGACAGAACUCUUCAUCUGCGUCACCAUGUUCAACGAAAACGAGUUUGACUUCACCAGAACAAUGUACGCCGUUAUGAAGAACAUCUCUCACUUCUGCGCCCGUUCCAAGUCGCGCACGUGGGGAGACAACGGUUGGCAAAAAAUUGUCGUCUGCAUUGUCUCCGAUGGCAGAGAAAAAAUCCAUCCUCGAACACUCGACGCGCUGGCGGCCAUGGGUGUUUACCAGCACGGCAUCGCCAAGAACUACGUCAACCAGAAGGCCGUGCAGGCUCACGUCUACGAGUAUACGACACAGGUCUCACUUGACUCUGACCUCAAGUUCAAGGGUGCCGAGAAGGGUAUUGUUCCUUGCCAGUUGAUUUUCUGUCUGAAGGAAAAGAACCAGCGGAAGCUCAACUCGCAUCGUUGGUUUUUCAAUGCUUUUGGAAAAGCGCUCAACCCGAAUGUCUGUAUUUUGCUCGAUGUCGGUACGAGACCCGGUGGCACAUCGCUCUACCACCUGUGGAAGGCCUUUGACAAUGACUCCAACGUCGCUGGUGCUUGUGGAGAGAUCAAGGCUAUGAAGGGCCGUUUCGGAGUCAACCUUCUGAACCCACUCGUUGCCUCGCAGAACUUCGAGUACAAGAUGUCUAACAUUCUCGACAAGCCAUUGGAGUCGAUCUUUGGUUACAUUACCGUCUUGCCUGGUGCGCUUAGUGCAUACCGCUACCACGCUCUGCAGAAUGACGAGACGGGCCAUGGUCCUCUCAGUCAGUACUUCAAAGGAGAGACGCUGCAUGGACAACACGCAGACGUAUUCACGGCCAACAUGUACCUAGCUGAGGAUCGUAUUCUCUGUUGGGAGCUUGUCGCCAAGCGUGGUGAGAGUUGGGUGUUGAAGUACGUAAAGGGAUGUCAUGGUGAGACGGAUGUGCCAGACACUGUUCCUGAGUUCAUCUCACAGAGACGUCGUUGGCUCAAUGGUGCCUUCUUUGCUGCAGUGUACUCACUCGUCCACUUCAAGCAGAUUUGGUACACCGACCACACCAUCACGCGCAAAAUUCUCCUCCAUGUCGAAUUCGUCUACCAGUUCCUGCAGCUUAUCUUUACGUACUUCUCCUUGGCAAACUUCUACCUGACCUUCUACUUCGUGGCUGGCGGUCUCGCUGAUCCCUUGGUUGAUCCCUUUGGUCACAAUGUCGGUCAAUACAUCUUCACGGUCCUACGGUACAUUUGCGUUCUGCUCAUCUGCGCGCAAUUCAUCCUCUCUCUGGGCAACCGUCCACAAGGAGCGAAGAAACUGUACCUCUUCAGCAUCAUCGUGUACAGCAUCAUCAUGAUAUACACAACAUUCGCUACCUUUUACAUUGUCAUCCGUCAGCUGAAAGAGAAAGACAAUCCGGAUAUCCAAAUGGGCAACAACGUCUUCACCAACUUCAUUGUCUCGAUUCUUUCCACAAUCGGAUUGUACUUCGUCAUGUCCUUCCUGUAUCUUGACCCCUGGCACUUGUUCACCAGUGCGGCCCAGUACUUCAUGCUAUUGCCAGCGUACAUCUGCACUUUGCAGGUAUAUGCCUUCUGCAACACGCACGACGUCACAUGGGGCACCAAGGGAGACAACGUCAUGAAGACAGAUCUGGGUGGUGCCAUAGGCAAGGGCAACAGUGUCGAGCUUGAGAUGCCCUCGGAGCAGCUUGAUAUCGACUCCGGAUACGAUGAGGCGCUGCGAAACCUCCGCGACCGCGUUGAGGUUCCGGUGCCGGCCCUUUCAGAUGCGCAGCUGCAAGAGGACUACUACAAGAGCGUGCGCACUUACAUGGUUCUAUCGUGGCUCAUUUGCAAUGCCAUCCUUGCCAUGGCCGUGUCUGAAGCGUAUAGUGAGCGCGGCAUCGGUGAGAACUAUUACCUUGCCUUCAUCCUCUGGUCCGUGGCGAUCCUGGCGCUCUUCCGCGCCAUCGGCUCUACCACUUUUGCGAUCCUCAACGUCGUCAGCAUGAUUGUUGAUGGCCAGGUGCGCAUGAGUCUUAAGGUACCCAAGUGGAUGGGCGGUUUCGGCGAAAAGGUCAGCGAGAAGAUGAGCAGCGUUGGGAGUAGCGUGGGAAGCAGUGUUGGCGGCAGCAAGCUCAGCAGCAUUUUUAAGCGCUGA